CGAUGGAGGAAACCAAGCUCGAGGUGAUGGCGAUCGAGGGGCAGAAGCAGCUGGAAAUCGCAGUGCAAUCGGCGCACCAGAUCCUCAACUCUCUCAAUGAGGUUCUUAGCAAUCCGGCGCUCUGGGAAGGCGGCGGCAAGGAAGAGGCCGGAUGGGCGGCGGUGGACGAUGCGCGGCAGAAAUACAAGGCGGCGACGACUGCCCUGAGAGGAAUCGUCGCUGCGAUCUUCAACCAUCCUCAGAUGACGAGCUUGGAUGUGGAUUCCACUGUGGAGAAGGCAGUGGAUCAAGCGGAGAUUGAUAGGCUCCAGAAGCAAACGGUGGAGCUUCGAGAGGAGAUUGUAAGGAAGAACGAUGUUCUCAAGCAACUCAUCACACAAAUGAGGGAACUUGUUAGAGACAUUUCAAUGUGGCAAACACCACCACCCUCCUAAAGAAUUCCACAUCCAGAGUGGACAUGGCAUCAAUGAGGCUUUUGGUGCACUUUGGCGUGGAUGCUGUGUUUCGCGACUCCUGCUCGCGCCGCAGCCUAGCUCCGAACCUCUAGAAUGUCAUCGUCUCGACGCCCUAGAGGGUGACGCAGCUAGGUGAUGCCCUAGAGGGUGGCCAGCUAGGUGACGCCCUAGAGGGUGACCAGCUAGAUACGUUUCCCACCGACGCCGCAACCAUCAUUUUUCAAUCCGAAUAUUGUAACACGUAUUGCACGAACGCGCAAACGGGUUGGCUAACCUGCAUGAAAUUAUGGAUACAGAACAGAGGCGGCAUGAGCAAAAUACAGAGCUUGCAGUUAUGGCCAAUCUCGGUGCGCUUGUCCCUGCAGUUGUCAACGAGGUGAUUGGGCUUGCCAAGUCUGCUAUUCAUUGCAGCCUCCCGUUAAACAGCAUCCUGUUUCAAUCUGUCUCCACCUAUGUGGCAAUGAUGUGAAAAUGUUUAGAUGGCAUUUGUAUUUU